AUGCUGAUGGGCCAGUUCAUCGACGUGGCCCUCCUCCCUCCUGUCGACACCAACUGGUGCGAACGGGUCAAGAAUCAACGUCAAGAAGAAGAAGCACAAGACCAAGAGAUCGGCGAUUCGUCAAUUGACGAUGCGGAGGAGUGGGUCGUACUUGAGGACCUCCGCGGCCGCCGCGCAGGCCCCGAGGAGGCCCCGCUCAACCCGAUGACCAUGGGCCAGUUUUUCGACGUGGCCGACCUCCCGCCGGUGUACGACCAACAGCUCCAGGCCGUUCUCAGCCGGCUGCCCGCCGCCCUCCUGAACGCGACUGACUUGAGCGAAGGUGGGAUGUGGGCCACCCUCGCCUAA